AUGAAUCCGAUCCAUUGGCCUCAGGUGUGCUUGGAUUCCGGCUUUUUCUACGUGGCCAAUCAUGGAGUCAGCCAGGACUUGAUGGAGGAGGUCUUCGUCCAGAGCAGGCGGUUCUUCGGUUUGCCUUUGAGCGAGAAGAUGAAGCUGCUGAGGAACGAGAAGCACCGAGGCUACAGUCCUCUGUUCGAUCAGGUCCUCAACCCUGCAAAUCAGAUAAGCGGAGAUUAUAAGGAGGGAUACCACAUAGGAGUGGAAGUACCAGAGGAUGAUCCUCGUGCGCAGAAGCCUCAUUUUGGACCAAACCUCUGGCCUUCUGAGGGUAUAUUGUCAAUAUGGAGGCAAACGAUGGAGAAAUUCCAUAGUCAAGCAUUAAAUGUGGCAAAAAUAGUCACAAGGAUUAUUGCUAUAGCACUUGAUCUGGAGGCUAAUUGUUUUGAUAAGCAAGAAAUACUCAGCAAGCCUAUUGCGAACUUGUGCUUGUUGCACUGUGAAGGUCUAGUCUCUUAUCCCUCUAAAGGAAUAUAUGGAGCUGGGGCACAUUCAGACUUUGGGUUUAUUACCUUGUCGGCAACAGAUGGUGUCUCAAGUCUUCAAAUUUGCAAGAACAAGGAUGUUAAACCUCAAACAUGGGAAGAUGUGCAACCUUUGAAAGGGUAA